CAAAUCAAGCAUGUUCAUGAAAUAACCUAUAUUCAUGGUUUCUUCAUUGUACGAGCAGCUUUGGACCCGAGAAUUAUAGAGUACUUCAUUAAAUUGAUUAAGGAAAGUACCGAAGGACAUUAAUAAGAGUGACUAUAGCACAGCUAUCAAUAAGUCCUAAAUGCACAAAAAAAACUCUCUGAACAACGGUAACGUAACAUCUAAUAAUAGAGCAACUGAGCCUUGCGCGCCACCUUACGGAGUCGGCGGCCGGCCUCUUUCCGGUGCGUUUGGAUAGGCCACCUGAACCUACCAGUGUGGCGACCAAUACCCAUGAUUCUAUUCCACCAAAACCUACAUAUAUGAAUGCUGUUUCUAGGAUACAAGGUUCGAACUCGGAGGCUCGUCGUGAAUCGGUAAUUGCUACGAUUACUAACCACGAUGGGAUGUCGGUGGUCAUAUUUGAUGCGGAUGAUUAUGAAGGUAUCAUGGCGGAAGAGUGCAGAUUCACAUAACAGGAAGAUUUCUUGAAACGAGACCCCAAAUAGAAACAAUUCGAGCCGCUGUCAAAGAAAGCUUUUCACUUAAAGGUUCAGUUAAAAUUAGAGUUUAUGAUAGCCAAAAUGUGUUUAUUGAUGUUUAAAAUGAGGAAGAUUUCAAAACGGUUUAUUUCAAACAUGUUAUUGAAAUUGAAGGGCAACCAAUGUGGCUUAACAGGUGGACUCCUGAUUUUACUUCGGAGGAGGAUAGCCCUCUUACCCCUGUUUGGGUUUUACUGCCAAAAUUGCCUUUCCACCUCCAUACGUGGUAGUACAUUAAGAAAAUUUUGAGCCCUAUGGGAGUUCCCCUAGCCAUGGGUAUCGCUACUAAAGGUUGGACUCGUCCCAGCAUGGCAAAAGUACGAGUUGAAAUAGAUCUUACUAAACCUCGUGUAAAUCAUGUUUGGGUUGGGCUAAGAAAUGCUACUAAUCCUCUGGAAGGAUACGAACAAAAGGUUGAAUACGAAGGGGUCCCGAAAUAUUGCAACUAUUGUAGACUACAAGGUCACUACAUGAAUCAGUGCCGAAGACUUGAGAGGGACAAAGCAAAGGAGGAGGAAAUGGAUAAGCUCAAUCAAGAAAAAGGAAAAAACAAAGUGGUUGCUCAGGAUGCAUCUCAAACAAGAGAAGCAUGACAAUGACAAUCAUAUGACACACAAUGUCUCUACUGAUCAGCAAUUCGAAAAGAACAAGGAUACAAUGGUUACUGGUCAACAAAAUCAAAGGGGCAGGGAAUUAAUAGCUACCAAAGACCCUAAGAAGAUUCAAAGAAGGGGAAAAGAGCUCCUCCUAAGCAAUUCAAACCAACGGGAGCAAUUUUGGGUGUUGAUAAACCUUUGCCUACUAAUGAAGUGACAAGAACAGAAGAGGCAAAGGAGAAGAUAGCAGAAAUGAGUGCUUUAGAAAACAUUGUUGAUCCUUCAAGCAAUAAACAAGUUCAGUCUAUGAAGAAUAAUGAUGUAUCCACAAGCAGUACUCAAAUACAAAAUGUCCAACAGACACAACUCCAAGAAAAACAACUGAUAGACAAAUGAUCGCUAUUGAGGAUCCAAAAGCUAUACAAGUGGUUCUGGUUGGGAACAAAGUUCCAAGGCAGGAGUGUGACAACAAGUGGAUCACUGAGAGGAAGAAGGCAACCAGAAAUCAGAAGAAAAAAGUUGUAAUUGAGAUGGAAAACAUUACCCAGAAUAAAUUUGCUGAACUAGAAAGUCAAGGUGAUAAGCAGUUUCACAAGGGUAUGGAGACCGAUAAGGGUGAAAGAUCACAUACUAAGCCUCAAAAUGAACAAAUUCAGGAUGAAUGGGCUGAUAAUACUUCUACUGAAGAUGAAGAAAGUAUAAAUGAGUCAUCUGAGGAUGAAGAUGAAAUCCUAAACUAUCAUUAUAGAGGUAAAGAUGGUGAAGCAGAAGACGUUCAGAAAGCUGUGAAAGAGAUAUAUGCAAUAGAGAAGGCUUAUCUCCAAGAAAAAAUAGAGAAUAUGUUAAAGGAGGAAGAACCAGGGAAAAAUCUAUUGGUAGGAGCACAAAGAGUCAAAGAAAACUACCACAAAAGACCUCUAAUAUUCCUAUUAAUGAUUAAGAUCCUCAAUUGGAAUAUUAGGGGAAUGAAAUCCCAAGCGGCUACUGAAAGACUGGCCUAUAAGCUUGAGCAAUGUAUCACAGAAGAUUGUCUGUAAAGUACUUAAUAACAGACUUUCGAGAGUUAUCCCCAAAAUCAUAUCUCAAAAUCAGAGUGGAUUCAUAAAAGAUAGGUCAAUUGGGGAAAACGUCUUAUUGGCCCCAGAGAUUAUCCACAAUAUCAGGACUAAGGGUGGAAAUGUCCUCAUCAAACUGGACAUGAAUAAAGCGUAUGAUAGAUUAGCAUGGAAUUUUCUUUGCAUAGUAAUGAGAAGGAUGGGAUUUAUUGAGCAAUGGAUCAGCAUUAUAUGGAAUCUUCUCUCCAACAUGUGGUACACUGUGAUUGUCAAUGGAAAAAGACAUGGAUUCUUCAAAUCACAUAAGGGUGUCAAACAAAGAGAUCCUAUCUCACCCUCGCUAUUUAUAAUAGUUACAGAAGUUUUGACUAGAACUCUUAAUAGUCUUUAUGAAAAUCCUAGAUUCAUUGGCUUUCACAUGCAACCAAAUGGACCUAGGAUUAAUCAUUUGUCUUAUGCUGAUGACAUUAUUAUUUUCUGUGCAGGUAAAUCGCAUACCCUACAUUUGGUGAUGGAUGUUCUUAACAAAUACGAACAAAGCUCUGGACAACUGAUUAAUAAAGAGAAAAGUUGCUUCCUGGUGGGUGAAGACACUCUAACAAAGAGAAGGAAUAUUGUGAGAAGAAUUCUGAAAAUCUAGGAGAAAGAAUUUCCUAUAACUUAUCUUGGAUGUCCUUUAUUCUCAGGAAGGAAAAGAAUACAGUUCUUUACUGAUAUGGUAACAAGGAUUAUUCAAAGAAUUGGCUCUUGGCAGAACAAACUUCUAUCUACAGGAGGAAGAAUUAUUCUCAUCAAACAUGUUUUGACUGCUAUUCCAAUGCACCUUCUCUCUAUUUGUCAACCUCCUAAAACAACUUUGCAAAAAUUGAAAAAGCGUUUGCAAAUUUCUUUUGGGGAUAAAUGGAUGGAAAAAAUAAAUAUCACUGGGCAUCCUGGGAAAAACUGUCUCCCUACUAAUGAGGGAGGUAUAGGGGUGAGAUCAAUGCAAGAUAUAGCUGAUGUAUUUGCAGCUAAACUCUGGUGGCAGUUUAGAACAAGAAUCUCCUUACGGACAGAUUUUAUGAAGGCUAAAUAUUCACAAAGAGUACAUCCGGUUGCUAGAAAAUGGAAUUAUUGUCAGUCUCACACUUGGAGAAGAAUGAUGAAGAUUAGAAGCAAGGUUGAUCACCUAAUUACAUGGAGGAUCCACUCUGGAUCCUCUAGUUUCUGGUGGGACUAAGUUGGCAGAUUUUGGCAUGGCCAACACUUCUAUCAAAAUUCAAGUUGAUAGCUUUAUUGAGAAUGGGAGCUGGAACAUUCCUAAAUUAUCUCAAAUUUUUCCAAUGGAUGUGGUGCCACAUAUAAAGAGAGUUAAAAUUAAAUUUUCUCAUAGGAUCAGCCAAUUUGGACCUCCUCAACAGACGGGAUCUCAUGUAAAUCUGCUUGGGAAAAUAUUAGAGAGUGUCAGAAUAAAUCUAUGGUAAACAGCAUGAUCUGGAAUAAGAAGUGCCCUUUCAAAAUCUCUUUCUUUGGAGGUUGUUGAAACAUAAAGUGGCUGUGGAUGAGAGGCUACGGAGAUUUGGUUGUAACAUUCCCUCUAAGUGUGUGUCGUCCUAAUCCUGCUUCGGAAGAAGAGGAACAUCUAUUUUUUUAAGUCAAAGCUAGUAGUAUUGUAUGGUCUCAUUAUAGUAACUUAAUGGGAAUCAGGAUGAUCCAAGGAAAUUUAAGGCAAAUGAUCCUAAGCUAGUGGAAGGAAAAAGCUCAAAACCCUAUUCAGAAGCUUGUGUUGCAGGUGCUCCCAAGUAUUAUCAUCUGGCAAAUAUGGAAAGCGAGGUGUAAGAGCAGGUUUGAUAAUAUUAGGAUGACCCCUAAUAGAAUUUUCUUAUGGUGAAUCAACAACUCAUUAUGAUUUCCCACAAACAAUUCCCCAAAA